AAAGUGUGUGUUUCUUGUUACCAGAGGCGUGUCUACAGUUGUCUGCAAACUGUAGACGUGUGGCACACUAAAAUUGCAAUUUCAUCUAAAUGUUCUCUGGAGUCUUAGAUUACAAAACUAUUUAUUAACCCAAACACAUGAAUAUGUUUAGCAUGCAAAAACUCUGCAGUAGAUUUGGUUGUUACAGUGGCAGGGCACAGACUAAUUUUUCUAGUUACAUGAUUAGCCUGUUUAGCUUAGCAUAGCUUAAUUACAACUCUGGUUUUAGCACCGUUAUGCUAACUCUAUUCAACUGAUCAACUUUAUGGGUGAAAUUUCUAGUAAAGGCUCAAUAAAAAUAGAAAAAUAAGUUCUUAUAAAGCCUAAUACAUUUAAAGACAAGGUACAUUUGAAGACAAGGUACACAGCUGCUGAGAUUUAAAACUGAAAGGUUGUUUUUUUUUUUUUUCUAUUUCAUGAUGUCCACACAAUGAGAGUCAUGGAUAAACACAUCAACAGAUGAAGGUGUUCAUCUUCGGAGCCAUGUCAAAGGAGACCAUUGUCUUCUGCGCCUUUACGACAUACACAUUUGUUUAUGCACUGAACCACGCCUGGGUCAUUCAAAGGUUCGAAAGGCCUUCACCUUUUCACGUCAACACGUUAUUCCUCCUACGAUCUGACAGAGUGGAUUUAUGUGGUGAAAUGAAUGUGUACUAAAUUAAAGACCUUGUUUUUCUGCUGCUUUCUAUCCCACAUCAUCUGUUCUGUACGUGUACAAAUGUAUCAUUUUCAUGUCGUUACAUUUAUCUGAACUCUUUUCUUAGCUGGCGUUUAACCCAAAGAACGUUUUGAUCUUCACACUUUGUGAGUGAAGAAGAAGAAUCUUGAGUUUAACUUGGUAGUAAGGAAAGCUGUAAAUAAGUCCGCUAAUCCGCCUGUGGAUGAAAACCACACCUCUCAGUCUGGCCUUUCUCAAGUCAAACCAAGUCAAAUUAAUGUUUUGACCUUCUCAGCUCCCGUCACUGUCCACAGUAGGGUUCUGUUGUUUGUCUUACUACAAUGUGGGGAGCCUCUGCGGGUCCCACUUCAUAAUCUCAUCGAUGGUCUUUGGACAAUCGAGGUCAUCAGGGAUCAGAAUCCAACAGAACUUGGCAUAAGAACCACAACAAAUCCUCAGCAGCGUCUAACACUUAACAGAGGGAAGGCAACAUAAAGAUAAAGACGUGGAACAUGGUGAUGUGUGCUACUGGCUAUUUCUGCUGCCUAAAUUUAGUAUCAAUAUGAGCCUUGACUGUGUGAUGUCUACUGGGUCGCUCUUUCUUAGCGGCUACCUGUGGUAAUCCACUUAAGCUCAUGAUGCUUCUCUAAAUCCAUCCAAUCUGUUGAGUCCCUCAUUUAACAACCUCACUCAAUAAAUCUGGGUCAAUAGACGUUACCGCUGCUGUGUGUGAUGAACAAAACCAGCAGAAUUUCCCAUCUAUAAAUCGCUGUUUUAGCAAUAGCAACUGAAGAUUUUAUCAAUGUUCCCAGAUGGGAGCUUGGAGCCACAAGGAGGUUUGAGGAUUUUGCACGGAAAAUGGAGCAUCAAGACCACACGAAAAGCAGCUGGAGAGAAUACUUGUGCAGUCAAACCCAGGCAGAGCUUGGUGCCAAGGCGAACUGGCCCGAGAUCGGUGGCGAAGUGAAAAGCAGCAAUGCACAUCUGGACGAACAGGUGCAUCUGUACCGCAACGUCUGGACUGAUUCUGAGCCAGCAAGAGUCAAGAACUGGACCGGCAGAUCAUUUGCCAUGGAUGCUAGAAUAAGACUUGAUAGUCUGAAGUCUGGGUGUAAUUCACCGCAGCCCUGGGGUAACUCAGACGACUCUUUCUACUACUAUGACAGUGAAAAAGACCUCUGGAACGGCGGACACGUAGAGGAAGAGCAGUCUGCUUUGGACGAGGUGGAGAUCCUUGACAUGGAGGAAAGCAUAGGAGAUGAAGAGAGCUGGUUAUAUGAGCCUCCAAACAGGCCGUCGUUCGAAGAGAGGGAGCCUGCUCUCAGGUGGUGUCGACACGUUCUGGAUAACCCCAGCCCCGAGAUGGAGGCUGCCCGUCGUGGGCUGAUGAACAAACUGGAUCCAAGAUCAAGAUAUUACUUCUGCAGACAUGCAGCAGUUUCCCCUCAUUCCCCGAGUGUCUCCUUGGGUUUUGCUCUGGACAAAACAUCAGUCAACACGUCACUCAGUGACUCUGGCAGCUUAGAUCAUGUUAAGGUGACCCACCCUGAUGACUUCAUGACCACAAGCUACAGACUACAGGAUAUAACAGAUGUCCACAUAAUGGCCAGAAUACAGGAAGACAGUUUAAGACAGGACUAUAUUUCCAUGCCUGCUGCAGCUCUCUUGAGGAGAAACUCAGACGUGUUUUCCUCAUUUUUAAACACCGAGGCUGACCAUGCUGGUGACGUCAGUUCCAGAAAUAAAAGCACUGCUCCAGACUGUGCCUGCAAGCCCGGUCUGACAGCUGCAGGCUCGUUCAGCUGCAAGUUACCAACGCCGGCAGCUAAGCAGGUCGGCCAAAGCCCAAAACUGACCAAACUUCACCAGCAAGUAACCCAGUUCAAGCUGCUGAGGCUUGCCCAGAAUAAAGCAUCCCCAGGCAGGAUGAGGUCACCUCUGCAGACAAGCCUGCGCUCUCUCCAGGCUGUCAGGAACAGCAGAAGUUUAGAGGUUGAUGUCAGCCAACCUGCUGGCCAAAGCGACCGCCAUCCCCCAGUUGUCCCGUCUUCCGGAACAGCGUCAAGCCUUGCAGCAUAUCUGAACUCCAGCGACAUCGCCUGCUUGGCGAGAGAGUUCCCAGACAGAGUAACGGCGGUGAAAAGACUGCAGAGAUCCCAGUCCCUCAGUCCCAGCAGGAUUGCUCACCCUUCCAAGGGAUACCUGUCUGUUCGUGGGCGAGUUUUUGCCUCGCCAGACAGGGUGUCCACCGCGGCCUGGGGCAGGCAUGCCUCAUCCGUUCAAAGGUGAAAAUUUGCCACUGGGAAAUCCCCGUUAGACAAACUAAUGAGGAAGAACAGUAAAAGUGGCUUUUUAACUUCAAAACCUCAAUGUGUUUUAUGUGACUAACACAAAGUAGUGCGUAGCUGGGAAGUAGAAAGCAAGUGAUUGUUUUUAAAAUAAAAAUCUGUAAUGUGUG